GGCGAUCCAGCUCUCUCCUCUCUCUUUCCGCCUCUAUCACCUCCGGAGCCAUCUCCAAUGCCGUUGAACUCCUCUCUAAUUCCGCCUAUCUAUCAAUGGCGCUCACUCCUCGCAUAGUCACCUCCUCAUCGUCUGAUGACCAAAUCUUGCUGAACACCGUCAAGAUUAAUGGCGGGUUGGGGACUGGAAUGCAUAAGAUUUCGGAUCAAGAAUAUUGAGGCCUGUCACUAGAAAUGGGCUGAAGAAAUAUUUUAGGCUAGAUAUGGGAAAGAAAAACUAGGCCCAAUCGAUUCCCCAUGGUUGAAAAGAACAUAAUGCUGAGCUGGUUUUAAAGUGUCACCCACCCAAGAACUUGGUGCCUUGGAAUUUAAUUUGCAUUCCAAGUAGGUUCUCCGGGACCAAUUAGCCUUGAUUACUUGUCAAGGUGAUUUCAAGCUGCACAAGUUCUUAAUAUU